CGACCCUCCCCAACCGCGCUCAGACCCGCCGCCUGUCCUACCCCGAUCACCACUAUCUUUAGAUCCUAAUCCAGGGUAAGGGUGUAUAUACACUCCAGCACGCAGCUGCCAUCAUACUCGACCGAGUAUGAGUUGUACACGAAUUACCUGCUUUUGCUUGCUUGCCCUUUCCCAGCUUGUUUCUCAAGUUACAUCGCAUUUAUGCACCAUAACCUCACGCUUCUUUUACAGUCGCAUAUCAUUAACAACAUACCAAGUAUUCGAGUACCUUCUGCUGAUUUCACCUUUGCUUUUUCCUCCUCUUCCUCUGACUCCCUUCUCUGCACUUUCCUCCCUACCCUUGCCCCCAUGCCCGUCUUCCAAGUCCAAGCCCCCAACCCAGAUUCCCCAUGCAAAUGACCGCAACACAGUACAUUAUCUAUCCUCGACCCAUCAUCCCAUCUGCUUUAACUGAUUUGACGAAGUAUAGCCCAUUUGCUUUUCAUGUAUGAAAAUG